CAGAGAGCCAGCUGAGGACCUGACAGAGCGCAGGCAUGAACGACAUCAAGCUGGCCCUGCUGGGAAGCCAGGGGGCUGGGAAAUCAGCUGUCCUUGUGCGCUUCCUGACCCGGCGCUUCAUCGGCGAAUAUGCCUCGGACACCAAUUCCCUGUACCAUAAGAGGCUCUCCAUCGAUGGCAGGCAGCUGAACCUGGAGGUCUUUGACCCCUGCUCUCAGAGCUCGGAGGCCAGGUGUAUUCUGGAGGAGCCAGUGGACUGGGCCGACGGCUUUGUGGUGGUCUACAACAUCAAUGAUCGCACUUCCUUCAUCGACGCCAAGGACAUCCUGCGGCAGAUUCGGGAGGAUCGAGUCGACCACUGCAAGGGGGAGAUGGAGGUUCCUGUGUGUCUGGUGGGUAACAAGCAGGACCUGUGCCACGCCAGGCAGGUACUUGAGGACGAGGGCCGUGGUCUGGCGCAGGAGAACCACUGUUACUUCCAGGAGGUGUCGGCGGCCGAGAGCUACCAGGACAUCGCCAACCUCUUCACACAGCUCAUCCGACAGGUGAUGGAGCACCUGAAGUACAGAGCGGACCGGCGACGCUACAGCGGCUCCAAGUCUAUGGCCAAACUCAUCAACAACGUGUUUGGCAAGAGGAGGAAGUCGGUGUGAUGGCUCCAGUGAAGCCUGUUGAUCAUCAGCUGGAAGGACGGGGAGGUUGUGUGUGUGGAUCCAUGAUAAAGGGAACCAACCCAUAGGUUAUGUACUCUGUGGGAAACCUGUCGAGUAUAGACACAAUGGUUAGACCCCAACAUUGUAUUCAGUGAGCAACAUGGAUGGUUGGUGGGAAGGUUUUCAUGGCGUCGGGCCUGCCACUGACAAAACUUCAAGAAAAUGUAUUGUACACACAUGUGUAACGUGUUAUUAAGUUGGGAUAAAAGACUAAUGUUAUACUGUUGCGAUCAAAACAAAGAAGUUCAUUACUGAAUAGGGCAGUGGGCCCAAACCUGAGGGAUGGGACCCUAAAAUGGACUCAUAUGAUGAUUAAAUGGACAUACAGCAGUGAAACAAAACAAACACUUUCCUAUUCAGUAUUUAAGAAUACAUCCAAAACUAGAAUUCCGAGACCCAACAGUCUCCUCAUAAACCACAUUUAAACUCACUAGAUCUUGUUUUUAGUUUUGAUCUGCACCAAAUUAUAAACAGUCAUGAUUAGCAGUUCCUUAAACAUGUCAGAUUUUUUCCAGCAAGAUUCAUGGAUUAUUACUUCGGAAAUCAACGGAACUUUUGAACGCCAGCCAGUUAAGUGAAAAAAAAGUGAAAAAAAACCUAGCCCUAACCCUAACCUUAACCCUUCCACCAAGUUUCUUGCCUACAAUCAAACCAACCAACAAAACAACACAUGAAGAUGGAUGGCUGCUCUCCACUAAUAAUCUCUGGCUUCUUUAUGUCUGUGACUUUCUCACGUUAAACCUGUAGCAGACUCUUCAGACAUUUCCUCUGUUCCUCUUGAGACACAUUAUAAAGGCAGACGUCUAAUGAGCAACUGAUGAGCCACAGCCCCCCCUCGCCUGUGUGCUCAUAGUGUGUUAUACUGCUGCAUCAUGCUGACUGAACUUGUCGACACGUCACAUUUAGACCUUGCUUUAAGCAUCUCACUGCAGCUGUGUCCUGCAGCUUUGCCGACAACUGUUCAAACCGCUUUUGCAAGUUUGGAGCUGCAAGAUGCCCAAGUUUUAUAGAUGAUGAGGGAAAAAGUAUUUUUUAAUGCAUUUCACUGACACAAAAAUGCAAAUUUUUCAAGGGCAGUCAUAUUUUAUGGUUGAUUACUAUUCUUUGAGUAGAAUGUCUCAUGUUCUAUCUCCGAGGGGUUGAUCCCCACAGGACAAAGCAGUUUUAUUGUUUCCUUGUUAAACCCCAUGAAACAAACUGUGAUUAGUGAAUAUGAGCUAUAAAAUAAUCAAAUUUUAUUUGAUUUGAAAUGUAUUUUAGGUACCCAGACAACUGCUUGUAUUCUAUAUGAGAAAAGAUAAAUGAAUAAAGGGAUCAGUCACUUCACUGAUAAAUGGGGCGUCUUAAGUAUAGUGAAUCCAGGUACAGACACAGGCUAGAAAUUACAGAUUAAUGGAUUAUUUACUGAAAAUGGAGAUGAAGAUUAUGGUGCUGGGGGUGAGGUUGGAGACCAGUAGAGCCAGCAUGGGGAUAGCUGGGGCCAUGAUGGUGGCUCGCAUCGCAGAGCAGGGAGAUGAAAAGUACGGGGUAAUGAAGGGAGCCAUGUGGGACAUGAUGACAGGCCAGGGGUUAGGAGUCAGAAAGAAAUGCUUGGGAAAGGACACAUACCGGCAUCAGGAUGAAACAGAACGGUGACUCACAAUUUAAGAAAAAAAAGAACGAAGAGGAGGCUAUGAUGAAGCAGAGUGUUCGUUUCAGACCUGGGUAUUUAUCAGAGAAUCAAUGGGCAACCUUUAACAGAGCUUUACCCAGAAUUUUCAAACAAUCAGUCAGUGUAUCAGUAAAAUAUAUUUGUAUUUCCUUUAUAGAUGUGCUGAAGGUAAUGUUGGCUUCAGCUUUGCAAUUUUUCUAUGGAUGAAGGAUGACCUAUGAUAGUGGACAUUUUACUUUAGUGCUAUACAUUUACAACAAGCAUAUGAUUAGUUAAAUCAAAUGCAGGAAUUAUAAGGCUUGAAUCUGCAGCUUUUGGGACCCAUGGGUCAGUGGUCCUUGUGCAGCUGCCUGUUUGUUUGUGUUGUUAUCAUAUCUCCCUCUCUGAAUGCUCACAUAGCCACAACUAAAUACAUCAUUUACAUGUAUUCACCAGUGCAAUGUUAUAUCAUCAUUUUGAUAGAUAAUGUUAAUUACAAAUGUAAUAAUUAUUUUACGUGUUUUUUUAUGAUUUAUAAAUACCCACUUUAACAAAUACCAAUUAACUGCAUGAACUGAUUCAGUCCUGUGUUGUUGUUCUUAAAUCCAGCUAUGUCACCAUGAUGCUGUAGAGAAAGAAUGUACCACAAAUAGUGAAAAAUCACUGAUUCAAACACUUAUGGAGUGAUUUAUUGGUGAAUGUUUGUUUGUAAAUACUGUGAAGACAUUGGUGGUCCAGAGGAAAUUAAAGUGAAA